AUGCACCAGGUGAACAUGCAGGGAGAGGUUUCAGUCUCGCUGGAAAAGGGAUUGGAACAUUUCCUCCUCUGGGAUGGAUUCAAUGAGCGCCUGCAAAUGCAUCAGGACCCAAAGCUGUCGCGCAAGGAUGUACUAAAACACUUCAACGAGAGCGUGUCAAAGCUUGACGAGAUAUGCGCGCGCACAAACGAGGUAGUAGGAAGCAUGACCACAGAACUCAUCAUCCCCAUGGAACUCACGCACAAUGCCGGAGAAAUUCCUGCAGCAACAGUCUCACGUCUGAUCCCCGAAGUGGAGGCAGCCAACGAGUUGCUGAGCGAUGCAGGCAAGGAGCGAAUGAAAAUGUCCUCCACUCCUUCCAUCGCCAAGCAGCAGAUGGAUACAGCUCAGCACAUGCUGGCUACAAGCACUGAGUCGUCCUUGAAUCGCAUCCGCGAUUCAAUCCGCUCGGUUGUCGCAGGCGCAGGGCUGCGCAAGCAAGCGCGUCGCAUGCUGGAGCCAGGAUGGCAUGACCUGGAUGCGGAACGAGCCAUCAUCGGAGCUGCACUGGGGGAGAGUGCUCUCAAAGUGAUCACAACUUGUCAGAACUCUGGUUUGAGGUCGAUUGACUUCAAGGACAAGGAGCACGAACGUCUUUGGGAAGCAGCAGAAAAAGUGAAGAACAACAAUUUGCUACAGUCCGACCGCCAAGCUUUGAGCACUUUGUUACGCAAGGAGCUGGGAGAAGCAAAGAGACAGCUCAUCAACAAGUUGGAACAGCAGGGAAAGAAGAAUGCUCCUUGUGACCUUCAAAACAUGAUUGCAUCUGUGCUUCUCAAGGCAAGACUGCGGCGAGCGUACGAGGCAACGACCAAAGGUGUGGGCAUCCGAACCGAAGCAGAAUCGUAUGACACAAGCAAACCUUGCGCGAGCUGGGCUGCCGGUACCAAGUUUGGUCAUGGAGAGGGGAUGGAGAGUGUGGCAGAGAGAUUGAACGGGUGGGGAAGAGGAGUGACAGGAGCGUAUACAGCAGGCGUCGGUGCCCAGCCCAACAUGGGAAGAAGCAUGUACUGA